AUGCCUCCGCGCCGCCGCUCCGCCUCCGGCUACCGCGGCAUUCGGGCGCGGCCAAGCGGCCGCUUCGACGCGGAGAUCCGCUCCGGCGAGGAGCGCAUCCGUCUCGGGACAUUCGACACGGCGCACGAGGUGGCACGGGCAUACGACGCCGUCGCCUGGCGUCUUGGCCGCUCCCGCCGGCAGAUGAACUUCCACGACGUCUGGACGUGGGAGCAGGCGGAGCAGCUCGCGCCGCCAUCACCGGCCAUCACGCACGAGCAGCAGCGCCGCCAACGGGAGCUCGAGCAGCGGCUCCUCAUCACCGAGCGCGACGAACGCCUCCGCCUCGAGUGGGCGCGCCAGUUUCCCGAAGACGUCACCGCGAUGGAGGAGUUUUUCACGCAGAAGGAGGAGUAG